CUCCGACCCGAGGUGGGAGUCCCACCUGGCGGGAUCCCCCGGCCCCACCCGGCCUGAGCCCGGCUCUAACUCUGCCAGACCCAGAGCCCGCUUGAGGUGCCUCCCUGUGUCCAACCGAGGAAAAAGCUAUGCAGGAACUCGGUCCUGCCCAGCGUCCGUUGGUAAACCCCCCCGGGAAAUCCACUGCCGUAGCUUUUGUUCUGGAACCAUGAUAACGCAGCUAUUAUUCGGUCAUCUCAGAUUUAAAUAGUUGAGUAAGAUCAAGCUGGGUAACCAUGGCUGAAGGUGGAUUUGAUCCCUGUGAAUGUGUUUGCUCUCAUGAACAUGCGAUGAGAAGACUGAUCAAUCUGCUUCGGCAGUCCCAGUCCUACUGCACAGACACAGAAUGCCUCCGGGAGUUGCCAGGACCCUCUGGUGACAGCGGUGUCAGCAUUACUGUGAUCCUGAUGGCCUGGAUGGUGAUUGCAGUGCUCCUGUUCUUACUCAGGCCUCCUAAUCUGAGAGGCUCCAGCCUCCCUGGGAAACCCUCCACUCCUCACAGUGGACAGGACCCGCCCGCCCCUCCUGUGGACUAACGUUGAUGUGGGAAGCAGAGAUUGUUAAAUGCUGUGCACGACCAAAUGACUGAAGAUGACCAGAGUACUCUUAACUUUUCCCUUUUCCAUCUGCAAUUUGGGAUGGUAUUGUUUUCAUGAGCUUCUAGAAAUUUCACUUGCAAACUGACUUUUGCUUCCUGUGUUGCCACAGUUCUUCUUUACAGUAUCCCUGAGUAAAUGAUUCUAUUGGAAAGUCCAAUGGUUGGCCUAAGCUUAAAACAUUCCACUCGUUGUCCCUGGAACCGUGGUCAUAAUGUCUGUGGUGGUUUCUGGCCCAAUUGAAGGAAAAUUGAGAUUUCUGCAUUUAAAUAUUUUAAGUGGGUUUAAUAGAUUUUAAUUUUUUUCAUAAGGUAUUUAUUUGGGGUUAUCUAGUGUGAAUGACAGAGCCAUAGUGUAUUUACUUUACUUGGCAGUUUAUUCAUGGGUGGCAGUUUUCUGUAGUUCUUGGGACAGUGACAUUUUUAGACUAUUUCCCUCAGAGCCUGCAGCUGAGAUCUGGGGUGCAGCUGGCUCAUGUGGCUAGAAUAGGAAAAGUGAACUGGUUCUUUACUGAUUUUUUAAAAAAAUUCCCAUUAGGAAUUUCUGAUGUUAAGAAUACAUACUUAAAUAAACAUGAUUGAUUAAUAUAGUGGUUGCUUUAAAGUCCGUUACCUGUUGUUGGAAGCCACUGUACGCUGGCCUUACAUGGCUCAUGAAAGGAAGAGUUGCCAGGUACACUCUGUCUAUCCUGGCUAACAUGGGUAUAUUGUGUUUUAGGGAAUGCCUCUCAGCAAGCGCCUCCUCCAUUCCAACACUUAUCUGUUAAAAUGAAGUCAUCUUACAUCAGUGUGUGGGGUUGACAUUUUAAUACCUACCUACUUACUUAUGUUCAUACCUUAUUUGGUUAAAAAAAUGAGUCUUUUGUUGCCCUUCUGACUUAAGAAGAAAAAGGAGUCUUUAAUAUGAGACCUUGGUUUAUUCCCAGGCAAAAGAGGAAAAUGGCAAACAAGAAUAUUUCUCACCUCUCAUCUCGAUUCUGUUUCAUGAUGGGUUGGGGAUGUAUUGGAGUGGGAAGUAGCAUGAGCUUGCAUUGUUCUCAGUUCAAAAAGCAGUGAAUACAAGUGGUAUUUAAACAUGCAUGGAUGGCCUGGAAUGUUUGUCUAGGAAGUAGCUUCAUUUGUUGGGACCAGAACCUAUUUUGCUAUCAAUGUAGAGAUUUUCUUGCCCGGGUUAGUCUAGCUGCCACUGUACAGAUCUGAGAAACUUUAUGUGAACUAAAUAAACUUCUCUAUCAUUACGCCAUUGAUGGGCCUGUGACCUGGCUCUGUGACACUCACUGGUUAUUUCCUCUAUGUGGUGGUUACUCUCUGGCCCAUAGCAUGGUUAAGGGCAUCACUUUGUCCUGUGCUGUGACACUGGCUGCUGGUGUCCUUCCUAGCUCACUUGGCUUUGUGCUCAACACUUGAACUAAUAGAACCACCCUUGAGGAGGUACUUGUGCUUAUAACAGGGUGACUUAGCCCAGGUAAGUUAAAUCCUGAACAAAUGAACACCACAGGGUCAAUGAAGGGUUUCUUUUUGGCUGUGGCCUCAUAGCUGGCUAUCACUUCAUAGCUGAUAGCCAGUUUAACACAAAAACCAGAUAUGGCAGCAGUCUUGACGCCAGACUAAAUUAUUUGUGAAGUUCAGUCGUGUUGAACUGUGUAGGAGGACCUUGCCAUAAGACACCCCAUAAAGGAAAAACAGGAUGAGGGACUUAAAGGUAAACAAAAUUAGAAUGGCAUCAAAUGGAGUAAAAUCCCUGCAGCACUCUUUUCCCAUCCUUACCCUUUAACUUUGAAGGCCGCACACCUGCCCCAAUGGUGUUUUCUAACCUGCUGAAGGGAGAUUGGAUGGAGAGCUGAUGUGUUGACUCAGUCUGCCUCACCUUGACCUAAAAAAAAGACAAAAUGUGGAUACAGAACAUCUACUGUUAGAGACCAGGAAAUGUGGAUUCUUAUUCUAGGUGUUCAUUUUGAUCACAUGUACUCACUGUAUCUAAAUACCUUAGCCUCAAAAUUUUACUUUCCAACCCAACCCUGAAAAGGCUUAAUUACAUGUAUGAUCAUAACUGUAGAAAUCUCCAGGGCCGCAGACAUGGUUCAACCAUUAAAGCCUAGGCUCACAACCAAAAAUAUAAGAAAAAUCCACUCCAGACACAUCAAUGCCUGUUAACAGUUGAGUUUCUUGAGAAAUACAUACUUGGUCUUGGGUUUUGUUUUUCUUUUUAAUCUUUGUCAUUUUGUUUGCUCUGGAAAUUUUCUAUAUUCCUAAAAUGGUGGUAUCCUGCAUAGAAUAUUAUUAUUGUUAACCUCACUAGUAACAUAUUAUUCUCUUCUUGAAGCUUCUACAUGUUUUAAUUGAACAUAUUCUUACACUGUUAUUUGGCUUGCAAACAUUUACUUGAUCUGUAGCUAUAAUUCGCUUAAAAUAGAGAAAGUAAACAAGGAAGCUUAUAUCCCUGUCACUCUGGGCUGUUUGUGCUGUCUGGAGUCCAUUUGAGAGUCAUUUCAUACUGUUUUACACAAAAUCUAGUAGUUUUGUUUUUCCGUCUUCCACACAUGAUAGGUUAAAAUUGGGAUUGUUGGUAGGAAAAGGUUUUAGCAUGUAUCUAAACACUAUCCCGUGGUUAGUAAGUUUUACAGUAUGCAAGGAUCCCUAGAGAGUCCACUGAGGGUCGCUGCCCCAUGGUUCCAUUAGUGUCUGUGAGAGUGCUUAUAAACUCACCAACAUCACAACAUUAAAUUUUUGAAGGAAUUGUGGAAGCCUGUUAUUCUAAGUGAAAGUCUGUCUCUCGGUGAUUUUGUGCUCAAAUUUGACCAGCUCAGUUUAAAGCACAAAACAUCAGCUUGAAGAAGGAAAAGUGAAGAGAGUUAACAGCACAUGGUUUAAAUUUUGUUGUUACAAUAGAAAAUAGGAAGAGUCUUAACAUUUCUCAGUGAAGAACCCUGAGUAUACCUUAUAUGUCCAAUGGUUAUUUGUUAAAGUAGAAGUGGUCAUACGAUGCACUAAAUGUAACUUGCUGUUUCUAAAUGUUUAAAUCAUGCCAAACAAAUCAGUCCGUGCCAUCCAGCAUUUAUUGUUAAUCUUUUACUGAGUACUUGGAUUGGGGCAAAGGGCUUGUACUAUGCACUUUUUAUUAAUGAAUAAAUAGAAAAUGUUAGUAA